AUGGAACCUAUUAAUCAUAUGGAAGCUGUGGAAGAACUAUUAAAAAAUAUUAAAAGCAGCACGUUAAGUGAAAAAGUUAUUGAAGAUAUCAAAAGGAGUAUUAAAGAACUUAGCGAGAUAUCAAAGACUUUUGAAAAUUAUCAGAAUAUCGUUAAUUACGACAUCAAGUUACGUCAAGUAGCAGAUUACUUAAUCAACGAGAGAUUAAUAAUUUCUCAGGAAUCUGAGAAUCCAGAUAUUAGCAAUGAUCAGCAGCUUUUUUGUACUUCCUUGAAUUAUUUAAAAUUAUUAGUUAAUGAAAUAGCUUAUCAAAAAAGAAUAGAUAUUAUACAGGAUGUGUUGAACUCUUCUUGUAAAAAAGAAAUCUUGUUUAAUAAUGCUCGGUCAGCGGAUGAAGUUAAUAAACGCUACCGAAAUCUCUCGUUAUAUUUCCAUCCAGAUAAAACAAAUCGGCCUAAUACCCCGUGUUCCCUUCAAGCGAUUAAGAAUAGCUUAUUUACCAAUUAUGAGGAAAUCUUAAGUAACGAAGGCUGGACGUUUCAUAAAAAAAAUGCAGACGAAUUCUGGAAAAUUACGAUUGACUACCGUAAUGCAGCUAAAGGACAGUGGGAUAAACUAAAACUACUAAAGAAAGAUGAAAUCUGUAAAUUUUCUUCUGAAGAACUGGAGCAUAGUAGCGUGAAUUAUGGAUUGCUAGCCUAUCAGGAAUAUAGAAUGGCAUGUAAAAUUGUUGACAAAGCUAAGCAGUUAAAAGAUCAAGUAAGAUUACGAGGAAGUAUCGCGUUAUGUUUAUAUGUAUCUAACAGACUUUUAGAAGCUCAGUUAUAUGCAUUGUCAGCAAUUAGGUUACAAAUUAAGAAUUCUCAUAAGGUCACGUUGCAUGAUUUGAACGAGGCAAAAAAAAUAUUUGAUAAAGUUAGAGGUAGGAAUACUUACGAGGAAACUCCUGAAUUAAGAACGGAGAUUAAACUGAAAGUUAAUUCUAAUAACAAGCAGGCUUUAGUAAAAUUAUUGGAUCAAGAGAUUUCUUUUUCCGACAAAAAAUCUUAUCAACGAUCAAUUGAUAAUGAUUUGAAAAAAAUAAGUACUGAUUUAAUGCUCAAAGCGGACCGCAGUUUGGUUCGUUAUCAAAUAUCAAAAAAUAAGAUCUUGCAUGCCAAGAAUCAAGUUUUUAAACUUAAGGCUAUAGGAGGACUUUUUACGACAACUGGAGUAAGUUUAGGAUUAUCGCUAACUGUAGAUGCUGGCAUCGAAACCUAUCAAGCGAUCUUGUUGGGAGUUAGUACAGCCGGUGGUAUAAUUGGGUUGGUAAUUGGAUUAAUUACCUUUGGUUUAGGGAUAUGGGCCGGUUCAAGUCUAUGGAAAAGUGGAAAUAUCCUGGCAAAAGUGCCAAUUAUUCUCGAAAAUCUCAAUAAUAUAAUGAAGAGCGCACUUACAGCUUAUGAUAAAGGCGAUCAUCAGCAGUUUAUCAAUGUGUUAUCUGAAGAAUAUAAAACAGGUACCCGUCUUAUAAGGUUAGUCGAUCGUUCAGAUGUAAUAAAUUCUAAAGAAAUCAUAGAGACGCUUUUAAGAUAUGGUUUCAGACCAGAUGGUAUUGCCUAUCUUUUAAUUUUGCUUGGUGAGGUCUUGAGUAGCGGGAAAAUGAAAGUUGGAGGAAGAACAACGGAGGAGUUGGUGCCGCUAGCAAAGGACGUUCUUUCUGGGAUCAGUUCCAAAAAGCUCGAUGAGAUGGCCAUAAAGCUCGAUGAACGCAUUCGUGAAUUACGAAAAAAGAACAGGUUUAAAAUUUUCCUUGAUAGAUUUAUGGAUUUUGUUAAUCUUAAUGAGUAUAGCAACAUAGCUAAGGAACACAUGGAUGACGCUCAACAAAUGCCCUUUAAAUCAAGGUUAGAAGAAAUGCGUAACAUUGCAGACAUUAAUCUGGCAAUUUUUGAUAUAAUUAACGGAGGUGAAGAAGAAAUUCAACGAGCUAAAAAAACUAUUGAGAAAAUUCGAGAAAAGAACAACCGUUAUAGUUUUGCUGAACUGCGCUUAGAAGUUUUGGAAGAUUUUUUAUCGGUCGUUUGUGGUGUAGAAUCACCUCAAGAAUUUCCUCAAGAUUCAUUCAAAUUACCUAAAAUCACUUUUCCUAUGGAAUCUGAAGUUCAAUAA